GCCACCCAUCCAGCCACCUCACAGAGCUGCCCAGUUUCGGAGGAAGGCUCGCCCAGCCUCUGCAGCAGGUUCCCCGUGCUCGGCAGCUGCAGGCCCACCAUGCCAGCUACGCACAUGCUGCUUCUGGCCUGCCUGGCGUGGGGCACGGGGGCCAGGACGGCCCAGCUCCGGAAGGCCAACGAUCGCAGCGGCCGGUGCCAGUACACCUUCAGUGUGGCCAGCCCCAGUGAGUCCAGCUGCCCCGAGCAGGGCCAGGCCAUGUCAGCCAUCCAGGACCUACAGAGGGACAGCAGCACCCAGCGCGCCGACCUGCAGUCCACCAUAGCUCGGCUCAGCUCCCUGGAGAAUCUCCUCAACCAGCUGACCCUGGGCCAGGCUGCUGGGCCCCAGGGGAGCCAGGAGGGGCUGCAGGGAGAGCUGGGCACCCUGAGGAAGGAGCGAGACCAGCUGGAGACCCAAACCAGGGAGCUGGAGGUGGCCUACAGCAACCUCCUCCGAGACAAGUCAGCUCUGGAGGACGAGAAGAGGCGGCUGGCGCAGGAGAAUGAGGAUCUGGCCAGGAGGCUGGAAAGCAGCAGCCAGGAAGUGGCCAGCCUGAGAAGGGGCCGAUGUCCCCAGACCCGAGCCACCCCUCGGGAGGUGCAGCCAGACUCCAGGGAAGAGACCACACGCGGAGCACACCACGCGGGGUUAAGAGGACAGAGCAGGUAUUUUCAUAUUUUUCCAGCAAUUUGGCUCCUGGAAGCUGGUGUGGUUGGUGGCUCUGAGCUGGUGACUAUCCGGCACAGAGGUUUCAUCUCCCAAAGCAAAACAAGGAACCAGGAUCAGGGGAGAGAUGCGUGGAAUGUGAUCG